AUGGAUAGCUCCGAUCAACCUUCAAAGCCCCGGAGCGAAUACACACCACGAGCAUGUCUCAUGCUACUAGGAUCUUUCACCGGUGUCUUCUGCACAGUCGGCUUUGUGAACUCGUUUGGCUUGUUCGAAGAGUACUACUCGAAAGCCCAGCUGGCGGACGAGUCCCAGUCCACCAUCGCCUGGAUUGGAGCGUUGGCCGUGUUUUUUAUCUUCUCUGUCUCACUCGUUUCGGGUCCUUUACUUGACACAAUUGGACCAAGAAUCCUCCUUUGCAUAGGAUCCUUCGGAACCGUCUUAUCGCUCAUGAUGACCUCUCUCUGCAAAGAGCUCUACCAAUUCAUCCUCGCCCAAGGAAUCCUUCUCGGCAUCUCCCAAUCACUCCUCACCUGCCCCAUGAUAGCCCUCGUCGGCCAGCACAUCAAGGUCAAUCGGGGUGCAGCAGUGGGGAUUGUCAUCUCCGGCUCCUCCCUCGGCGGUGUCAUCUGGCCCAUUGCAGUCAACAACCUCCUCCAAAAUCCCCGGAUCGGCUUCGGAUGGACUAUGCGUAUCGUCGCAUUCAUCAUGAUCCCUCUUCUGACCGUCUCCUGUUUCUGCUGUCGACCCCCAGCCCAUCCUCUCUUACCAACCACCACCACUUCUCAAACACAAUCCUCAGCGCCCCUCGAUACAGAAAAAUCAAGCAGCCCCAUCAUUUCUCAAGAGCAGCAGUCCCAGAAACCCUCCUCCCACGAAACCCCCUCAAUCCUCAAGAAUCCCACCAUGCACCUAACCUGCCUUGCCUUCUUCAUGAUCUACUUCGGCAUGUUCUCCCCCUUCUUCUACACAACCUCCUACGCCGUCGCACAGGGCUUCUCCUCCAAUCUCGCCUUCUACACCAUCUCCAUCAUCAACGGCGCCUCGCUGUUCGGCCGGAUUUUACCGGGGAUCCUGGCGGACCGGUACGGGCGCUUCAACUGCUGCUUCGUGGCUACGUUUACCUCCGGGAUAAUUGCCUUAUGCUGGACGAAGGUUACGUCCGUGGCGGGCCUGGUGAUCUUUUCGGCUGCUUAUGGGUUUUCCUCCGGGGCUAUUUUGUCGCUCCAACAGGCAUGUGCGCUGCAGCUGGCGACGCCGAAUAGUGUUGGUCUUGCGGUCGGGGUUGUGAUGGCUGCUGCCUCUCUCUCUGCUAUGGCCGGGAUUCCAAUCAGUGGGGAGCUUGCGCAGGGAUACGGAUACUUAUCGUUGUCCAUAUAUUCGGGCGUGAGUCUCCUGGUGGGGAGUCUGCUGCUGUUGGUGGCGAGGGUGAUGCAGAGCCGGGCGUUUUUCGCCGUGGUUUGA